UCGCGGCUACGUGGAAUGGCUCGAUUGCGAUUGCGACUAAACGAAAAAACCUUUCUUUCUGACCUACUUACGUAAUAGUACAGUGAUUCGUUUAUAUUUAUUGUUGUUGAUUUGUUAUGUAUUAAUUUUAUAUUGAUAUUUAGUUUAUAACUGAUCUUAGUAAACAUGUUUUCGUUUAGAAGUGAAAAUUCCAAUCAGCUGCAUGCUCAUAACAUAAGGAUUACUGAACUCAAUCCAUCAUCAUCCGCCAUGUCACAACCGCCGCGCAAUGUUAUCCACCUGCCGAAGGUCAGGAUGUUGAGUCGCGGAGGCCGUAUAUCAUCAGGCCUUCGGAUCACGAACGUCAAGUCCAUCAGACCACCAGAUCCUGACGCGGUAAAGAAACAAGAAGAGGACAAGCUUAGAGCCCAGCUCCAAAAAGAGAUAGUCUCUCGUUCCCGGGCCUGUGCAUACAAGAGCUACGAGUGUUCGCUCCCAGUGGUGUCUGGCAGACAGUACUGUUACCGGCACAUCACCAAGGACCCGACUGCACCCUACCGCCAGUGUGCUCACUCUUAUAGCAAUGGAGAAAGAUGUCCAAUGCCAGCGCCCGAUGAUAACAGAGAUCAUCGCGAUUUGGGGUUGUGUUUCGAGCACGCGCGCGCGGCGCAGCACGCCCGCCAGCGCGCCGCCGCGCCGCCGCCGCCCGUCAGGACCACCGAGACGCUGCUCAACGAACUGCAGCACUAUGUCAAGCCGGAGCGUCCUCGUACGACAUCAUGCGCCUCCUCAGUUUCCGUCGUCAGCGACCCAGCUGAACAGGAACCGGUCACACCGGAGGCAGUUGAUCCAUUCAAACAAAUCGACGCGACGGAAGUGAACUCGGCUUACUACACGUCCAUGAUGGAGUACGCGAGCUGCAGCGACAGCGACGGCGAGAGCGUGACGCUGGGCCCCGGCGGGGACUGCCGCGCCGCUGAACACGAGGACCUGUCCGACGCGGAGGACGCGCCCUGCGAGGAGCUGCCGCUGUGGAAAGCGGGAGUAUAUACGGCUGAAGAAGCUGUUACGGAGGCCAAGACCUGUCUCCGGUUGCUGCAAUCUGCUUACCUUCGGCAGAUGGACCGCUUUCGAGUGUUACUGCAGACAGCCAAGCUUAAGCAUAAUAGAGACUUGAAAGCGGAGAAGGAGCAGUACUGCAGCAUCAACACCCAAGCCCACAGUGGUCCCCUCACUCUGCGUGAGCGGCGACAGUUACGCAAGCUGAGAGCGUACGCGAGUUAUCACAAGAAGUUCGGUGUUGAAGCUGUGUUGGCGAGGAAAGUACACCACAAGAGGGCGCUGCUGUCGGGCGGGCGGGCGGCGCGCGCCCCCCCCGGGCGCUGCAGCUUCGCGGAGGGCGGCGUGCGCUGCGCGCUGCUCGUGCUGCCCGCCGCCAGGCACUGCCAGCGGCACAUCCUGCACGACCCGCAACAGGUGUUGUUCGCGGCGUGUGGCGACUCCCGCGGCCCGUGGUCGUGUCGCGAGCCGCAGCCGCGCCUGCCGCUGCCGUCCGCCGCCUGCCGCUACCACACCGACCCGCCGCUCAUGACUGUCUUCACGCUCAAGAAAGACGACACGGACAGCGAUACAGACUCUCACUCAACAUCUGACGAGUCUCACAUGGAUGAGGUUCACUCCGGAGACCAGGAGCCGGAACCUGUCAUGGAAACUGCAUUCGACUGACACAUGGCCAGCUUGGGCAUGGCGCACGGUUGCUAUGACGACGACCUGGACGGCUAUGACAGUCAGAUCGAUGUGGUGGUGUAAAUAGUGCUGAAAUAAGUGUCGGAACCCCCUAGGAAUGUGUAAAAACUCCUUGGAGAUUGUUAAAAGUGUGAACUUAACUCUUCAGUAGAUUUGAAUUGGCAGUGUAAAGAAAAGUGUGUGGGAUCUUUGUAGAAGUGUAAAAACUCUUUUCGAUGGUACUGAAAGUGUAUUUUAAAAGUUUUGAACCCAAUUUGUAAGUGUUAUAAACACUUUGGAACAAAUUUGAAAGUGUAUAAACACUCUAGGCCAGUCUGAAAAGUGAAUAAAAAUUUCAUGCAAGUUUAAAAAGUAUAAAAACUGUUUGGUGAAGCUUGAAAGGUGUGCAAAAACAAAUUUGGAUGGUCUGAAAAGUAUUCGGAUUGUUUAUAGUGUGUGUUUACUCUUCAGCAAGAUUUGACAAGUGAUUUAACUCUUUGGAACCAUAUUAAUCAUUUUGUGGUCAAAGAUAAAUUAUGAAGUGCUUUUGGGGACCUCAAAAAAUGUGUUAAAAGACUAAAGACUUCUUGAAAUUUGUAUAAAUAAGUGUCAAAUUGGUAUACAAGUGAUACAGUCUGCGAUAAACUGUAUAUUGUAACUACUAUUUAUGACUAUAUUAGUGAUGAGAAUAUUGCAAGUCUUUAAAAAGGACUAAGGACACUGGUAUCAUGCCAUUUUGGUUUUUCAGUGCAAGUGUGUAUCUUGGACUUCUUGAAAUAUAAAAUUUGUUAGUAUGAGCAUUUAGCAACUCGUAACAGCACUUCUUUUCACUCAAAUGCAUUAAAUAGGACUUCUUGAAAUACAAUUAAUGGACCUUCAUAUAGGAUCAAUAUUGUUUAGCCAAUGUAAGUGUAUCAGACAAUGGACCUCUUGAUAUAUAGUGUUAAUAUUAUGCAGACCUUCGAAUUGUGUGGUAAAGACAGUUAAAACUAAAGAAAUGUUAAACACUCAGGUCAUAUGUAUAUCAGUGAUUAUGUCCAUUUGUAAGUGAUAUAGACACUUGAAGGAACAUAAAACUGUGACUUGAAAUUCUGGAAAUGUAGUGAAAACUUAACUUAAACUUUAGUGAACUGGUGAAAAUUCAGUCAAAAACAUCCGUGUCAGUGUUUAUGUCUUGUUGUAAGUGGUUUUGACACUUAAAGGAACAUAAAAGUGACUUGAAUCUAGCCUAAAAUAGUGAAACAGUUCAGUUAAAAAAUACUAUGGACUCGCUGGAUUUUAUUUGAAAGAACAUCUGUGGCAUUAUUUAUAAGUUUUUAUUUAUAUUGAUUAUCAUUAUUUAUAAGUUUUUAUUAUAAUAGUUAAUUUGAAUUUUAACUGGUUGACAUUCUGUCAAAAAUAUCUGUGUCAGUGUUUAUGUCUGUUUGUAAGUGGUAUUGACACUUGAAGGAACAUAAAACUGUGACUUGAAAUUCUUGAAACAUGGUAAAACAUACGAGUUUCUUUAUUUGUGAACUGGUAAACAUUCAGACCAAAAACUAAAAAUGCGUUGAGUCAGUGAUAUUGACACUUAAAUGUGUGUUGAAAAGUGAUUCAAACUCGAAUAUAUAGAAAAAUAGUUGAGUUAAACUUUUGUGAACAGUGUUUAUGUCUGAUUGUAAGUGGUACGGACACUCAAAGAACAUAAAAUGUGGCAUGAACUUCUUGAAGUUUAGUGAAAUAAUGAUUUAAAAUUGUUAAGAACUGUAACACAUCAAAAUUAAGAAAAAACUAUAAAAUUUGUGAUUUCUAAGACAUUUAUACAUAAUACCUCCUUAACCAUCACACCAUCAAAAUUGGAUGUCUUAUUAUACAGGACCAGUUUUGACACUAGUGUUGAACCAUUAUAGUGCAAGUGUACUUGACUUCGGAUCUCUAGAAAUGUAGGCAUUAAAUAACAUAAGAAUUGCUAUUAAUAUAGAAAAUGGACAGACCAGCAUGUAGGAUCAAAUUUGUGUAGCCAAUGUAAGUGUAUCUGACAAUGGACCUCUUGAAAUUUAGUGUUAAUAUUAUGCAGACAUUGUUUAGAUUGUGUUGUAUCAACAAAUAAACCUUUAAAACUGUUAAACCUUCAGGUCAUAUGUAUAUCAGUGAUUAUGUCCAUUUGUAAGUGAUAUAGACACUGAACAUAAAUCUGUGACUUGAAAUUCUCGAAAUGUAGUGAAAUAGUUAAGUUAAACUUUUGUAAACUUUUAAACAUACAGUCGAAAGUACCUGUGUCAGUGUUUAUGUCUGUUUGUAAGUGGUAUUGACACUUAAAGGAACAUAAAAGUGUGAUAUAAACUUCUUAAAAUGUAGUGAAAUAGUUAAGUUAAAAAAUUUUUAACACAUUAACAUACAGAUAAUGUCACCUUGCAACUUUUGAAAUGUCAUUUCAUUUCAUAACUCUUUAUUAACGGGUGAACUUUCAGCAUAAUUAAAGUGAUUCUGAUAUAAGCGGGAUUGAUGAUGAAAAGAAAAAUGUGAUGGUCAAAAAAUGUCCUGUCAACUGGUUGACUUUCGUUGAAAAAGCUUUGUCAGUGUUUAUGUCUGUGUGUAAGUGAUAUUGACACUUAAAGGAACAUAAAAGUGACUUGUGCUUUGUUCAAAUGUAGUGAAAUGGUAAAAUAUAUCUUUGACAUUCAUAAGUGGUAUGCACGCUUUGAUAAAGGAUUUGAGUGAUUUGGACGUCCUGAAAUAUUGUGAGGCGUAAAUUUUAAUCUCUAUGAGCUAGUCUUGUCAUGUCUGUUUGAAAGUGGUAUUGACACUUAAAGGAACAUAAAUAGUGACUAGCUCUUUUCGAGCAAUAGUAAAAUAGUAUUCUUUCAGAAUAUAUUACAAUAUUUUGUGUAUAUUAUAAAGGACCUGCAUUUAGGACACAUUUGUCAAACCAUUUUAGUGAACAUACCGGACUUAACCUCUUGAAAUGUAAUAUUGCUUAACAUAAGAAUUUUGCAGUCUUUGUGGUUUAUUUCAGUGCUAUAUGACACUUGACUGUCACUUAAAAGUAACCGGAACUUCUAUAUCUAUAAUGAAUGGACCAGCAUAUAGGCUCAUUGGUGUUUAGCCAAUGUAACUGUACUGGGCCGAAGAUAUCUUGAAGAGUUCACUUUUUAUGUGUUUGACAGAAUAAUUUGGUUGGAUUUAGUGCAAUGGACGCUCAAAAUUAAGUUUAAAAUAGGAUUUGGACUUCUUAAAAUAUAGUGAAAUAGUUUUCAAAGGCUUGUGAACUGGUAAACAUACAGUCAAAUAUCCUAUGUCAGUGUUUAUGUCUUGUUGUAAGUGGUAUUGACACUUAAAGGAACGUAAAAUGGUGGCAAUGACUUCUUGAAAAUCAGUGAAAUAGUUUUCUUAAACUUUUGUGAUCUUUAGAACAUGUCUACAAAUGCUUGUUUUCAUAUUCACAAUAUACGGCAAAUGUAGAUUGUUUUUCUAAAAAGGACCAGCUAAUAGGACACAGGUGUUAAAUCAUGUAAGUGCAAGUGUACUGGACCUCGAAUCUCUCGAAGUUAACAUUAAAUCAGUUUUAGAUAGUUAUAAACUGUCAGAUGUCAGUCAAAUGUAUGAAUCAGUGUUUAUGUCUGUUUGUAAGUGGUAUUGACACUUUAAGGAACAUAAAAAUGGUGACUUGUUGGAGUGAAACAGUUAACUUAUAAAAUGGGUAACUUUCUGACAUUUAUAAGUGAUAUUGACACUUAAUGAAAGUUAUGUGAUUUGGACUUAUUGGUAUGUGGUAAAAUAGUCAAGUUAAAGUGCUGUGAACGAAUUAAUUUUUAUUAAACUAAAUCAACAGAAUUUUAAGUGGUUCUGACGCUUUAGUUGAUCAAUUCGUGAACUGGUUGACUUCAAGUUAGCUGUGUCAGGGUUUGUGUCCGUUUGUAAGUGAUAUUGACACUUAAAGGAACAUAAAAGAGUGAAUUCAGCUACUUGAAAGUUUCAGCAAUUUCUAAGUGGUAUUGACGCUUGAAAGUGAGAGUUUGGACUUCUUGAAAUUUAGUGCAAUAGUUUUAAAUAAACAGAAUGUUUUCAAAAAUGGUGAAAUAAUUAAUGUUUUGUGACCUACUUAACUGUACAAAGAAAUUGUAUGCAUGAUAUAGUGAUUUUAAAGACACUUGUUAAGUUUUAAUAUAAAAAAUAUCAGUUUUCUUACUAAAAAAGACCAGCUUAAAGGAUCAUUGUUGUUUAGCCAAUGUAAGUGUACUGAAUCAUAAACUUUCAUUGUAAAAUAUCUGUUUCAGUGUUUAUGUCUGUUUGUAAGUGAUAUUGACACUUAUAGGAACAUAAAACUGUGACAUGAACUUCAUGAAGGAUAGUGAAAUAGUGAAUUUAAGGUUUACCAUCAUAAUAUACUUUAAAAGUGUUUUCAGGGACAUCUUGAAUUCACAAUUGAGGAUGCCUAAAAUAGAUAUAUAAAAAGCACUGAGCUGACUGCAUUAUGAAAACAAUUGAAGUUUAUUAGAAAAAUUGUGAUUAAUAAGUUGAACAGUGAAUAAAAUCUAAAUAAGAAAAAGACUUGAAAUGUAGUCAAGUAGUUAAAAUUUUGUGAACUUCUAAAAUAAAUCUUACAAUAAAAGCUGUCAGUGUUUAUGUCUGUUUGUAAGUGAUAAUGACACUUAAAGGAACAUAAAAGUGUGACAUGAGCUUCUUGAAAUAUAGUGAAGUUAUUAAUUAAAAAAAUUGUGUGAAAUGUGACAUCAACAUCUAAAUCUCCCCUAUCUCACUGUCAACAUUACAAUUAAAUCAAUCAUAUUAGGUACAACUAUUAAAACAACUUACAUAUUCAUUAGUGAAUACAAUUUUUAAACCCAGUGAAAUACACAAUGCUUUGGGACAUCUUAAAUUUACGAGUAAAUUAUUUGGGGAUGCCUAAGAUGCCACAUUCAAUAGUGUUUUAGAGUACCUACAUAUUAUCUUUCAAACAUUUGGUGAUGAAGAACCAUUAAUGAACUCAGUGAUAUUCAGUUUCUUUUACAUAUAAAUAAUAUAAAACAAAUAUUAAAAUAGUGCAAUAGUGACGUAUUGUGGCAAACUGUUAAAAUUAUUAUUUGUAAGUAAUGCAACCGACUAAGUGAGGACUUUAAUAAAAAAGAGAAAAAGAUUUCCAUGGACAACCCAUUUGCGAAUGUGAAUUAAUUGUCAAAAUUUGCAAGCAUUCUUAAGAUAAUUUAUUAGUUAUAAAAACUGUUUGCUCUUAAAUCCUUAUAGUAAAUUGUUGUACAUAUACCUCUGUAUAUCAUUCAAUUCUGUGAAUCUGUGAAAAUGUGCAUUUAUAUUUAAUUUCCUUUUUGUAUUACCUCUUUAAUAACUUUCCGUCUAUCAGUAUUAAAAAAUAAAAUAGUGUAAUGACAGGAUCUUAUAAUGUAAUGUAUAGAAAUGCAGAACUAUGAUUACUAGAAGCUAACAUUUUUUACUAACUUUUAACUUGUUGAUGUAUGCACCGAAAAGGCAAUAAAUGCUUUAAUAUAAAUGCAUUAUAAUAUAUAUUUUGUUAUAUCAUAUUGUAUAUGUGUAUGUGUAUUGAGGUAUUAUAUUAAAGCACUUGUAUUUUGUGUCGACAUGUCUGGUGUGUUGAAAUUUUGUGUCAUGAACUAUAAAGGAAUUGUUUUUUGAAAAGUGAUGGAUAUGACAAGCAAAAGGUUUUCCGUUGGAUGCUAAGAAUGUAAAAAAAUGAUUGUGCUAAUUCCGUGUGAUUUUAAAACUUGAACCAUGUGUACAGUUGUGAAGGAUAUAGUUAUGAAAAAUGUUGACUUCUAAACGGUCACUUAAGAUAAUGUGCACGUAAAGAAUGAAACACUUUAUUGUGAAUGAAAUGUUGUAUGGAAGAUUGGGACAAUUAUAGUGAUCUAUAGCUGAAAACUAAAUAUGUGGAACCAUAAUUUGUCUGUUUAUCCAUCUGUAUGUACCCAUGUUUAAGCGAAAUGGUUGGUUUGAAAAAUUAAUAGUAAAUUGAAUAACUAAUAUAAGAAAAUAACAUCUGUUUAAUGCGAUAUGGACUCAUUGAUGUUAAAAUAACUGCGGAUUGGCAAAACGCUGUGUUACAGAAAAGUGUUUCCAGAAAUUUCAAGUUUUAAAGAACUUUUCAGCUGUUAUAAUAACAGUCUUUGAUAUUCGACGCCUACUCUGAUGAUCUCCAACUACGCGUUCCUAUGUACGAAUCUGGACGAUUGUAAGACGUUAGUUGAGCAGAUAAUACAGGCGUCGGCUAUUUGAGCCUUGUGUCACCUUGAGUACAAAAAAAUGUGAAAGUUUCUAUUGUCUGACGGCCAGACUUGGUUCAUUGAGGGGAUUGUGUUGGACAGUGUGAGCCAAGAGGCUGUAUAGUGGAUUUCUAACGUGGAAUUUUUCGGGAAUUUGUGCCUAUAUGGUAAAUGAUUUUGUUGUGUAUUUAAAAUGCGGAAUCCAGUUCUGGGUAAGAAUAUGCUAAAAAAUCUUGUCACGUGUGAGUGACUUGUAUGGGUUAGAGAGCCAAUUUUAUCCGUGGCCUGAUAUAGGUAUACUACUCCGAGCGUCAACGCUGACACAUUCGCUCGAAUUCAUUAAACCGACAAGAAAAAGUGAGAGUACUUGUCAAAAAAGAAUGUCUUUACCAUAGAUUUCUCAUAGUUUAGGUCCCCUGGGUGUCAUUCCCCUUUUGCCUAGUCAUUCUGUCAUCAGUCCGUAGAUCUUAAACUGGCUAUCUAGUCCUUAGCGAAACUGAUCAAUUUGUCAUCUGACAACACUUUGUUUUUCUCUAAGUAGAUGCAUAUAAUACUGAUACAAUAUAAUUAUAUGUGUUAGACAAGAUAUCGAAUAAGAAAUAUAUCAUUGGUGUUUGUCAAAUAUGUGUUUAGAAUAGAAAGAUUUUGAUAAAGGUCUGGAUUUUUGUUGGAAAAUGGUUUGAAAUAGUAAAAGUUGUGAUAAGGGAUUCGAUUAAAUUCAGUAGUAUGUCAGAAUCUUGUAAUAAUGUCAGUGUAUAAUUUCCCAUUGCUGGGCACAGGCCUCUAUUCAUAUAGGGAAGACUAUAGAGUAUUUUAUCACCACGCUAGCUCAUUUCGGAUGAGCGUUUCGAGAUUCCAAUAUAUGGAACCAGGUUUACUUCUCUUUAAGACGGUCUAUGUCUGGGAGUAAUUUAAUAAAGUUUAUAUGACAGAAGACAAGUCACAUUGGUUCGGUUGGGAUUAAACGCAAGACCAUCACGACUUGUGUCUUUAUAUUGUCAAUGCCUUUAUUUUUAGUUACUUAUUAAUGAACUUGAUGAUUUAUCAUUGUGAAUCACAACUUUAUAACUAAACAGCACGAAAAAUGUGGACGAGCGAUGUACAUAAUUAUUGUGAAUUAAUAAUUAAACGCCUUGAAAAGUUGUGAUUAUUAGUCUCAAUCUAUUGUUGGAUAUAAAAUUACCUUUUAUAAAGGAUCAAAAAUGUUGGUUUGUAAAUUGAAUAAAUUGAAACGAAUGUUAAGAAAAGUGAUAUUAUGGAGACUGGUUACAUUUGAUGUUCAAUCUACAUGUUUGUAUAAAUAAUGUGUGAAAUGAUGCAUCUUCAAUGCAGUAACUUACUGGAGAAACAAAUACGAAAAUUGCAUACAACAUAUAACUUUUUGAACACAGAUGUUGCCAACAAAAUGUUAAAACGUGUCUUUACCAAAACUAGUUGCAAUGUGGAUGCACCAUAAUACAUGAAGUUGCCUGAAUUCAGGCUUAUUUGAAAUAUAAUUAAGCAUUAUAAGUGUCUAUAUAAACAGAAUUUCAUGUUUAUGUAGCUGUCAAAUAUAAGUGUUGCAUCAGUUACAAGAAUGAUAUAGUAGUACCACGUUUCUUUGUGAUUUUGGAUGGCGCAAAAUGUGACCAAAUACUGGAACUGAAGGGCCGUUGAAAUAUAUACAAGGUUCUGUCAGUUAUAGAAUCUUAACGCAAUGCAAUAAGGUCUAUGUUGCAUUGAUAUUACUCUAACAAGUUAGUGUUUGGUUGUGAUAAUCUGCACUAAAGAAUUACAGAUGGUAAUUAUAAUUCACAGCUUUGUCAAAAAACGAAAUACAGAUGUCGCCAAUGUCGCUAACUGCAUACAUUUGUUCAAAAAACAUGGCGCUACUAUAUUUUUCGUUGUAAAACAGAUCCAGUGUUAAUGUUCUAUUUAAUAAUAAGAUUAUGAUUUUGUGAUAUGAAAAUCCAAAGCCAAAAUAAUUAUCUCAAUAAAUGAAUGUCUUUAAAUAUAAUUGUAAUAUCGGCAUCAAUGUGCUAAUCUUACUGAAUCUCAAAUUGAACAUACAGUUUCAUGUAUUUAAAACUGCAGUGCACAAUCUUUGUAAUAUACACAAUAUUAUUAAAAUCCGAAAAGUACACGAUAACCAAGUACUUAUUAAAAAAACUUGUAUUUUCAAUUUAAUAUUCAUAGAAACAUAGUUGUCAAUAUUAUAGUAAGUACAAAACAGUAUUAUGUUAAUCUUGCAUCUUUUAUGAGAAUAUUGAUGUUCCUCAACAAUUUUAUUGAUCUGAAUGUUCCAAAAAACAAAUAAAAUAUAGCCAGUA